AUGUAUGCAUUGCCUACUAGUGCUGACCGUGCCGGUCACCUGUGCGUACCGCCUGACCCGGGUAUAGAGCCUGCUGCUCUAGCUGCUGGUGCGGCUGCUGCUCUGGGUGCUAGUGUGUCUCCUGCUCCAGGUACAAAUGCGGCUCCUGCUCUAGGUGCUAGUGAGUCUGCUUCCUCAGGUGCGGGUGAGUCUGCUCUCUCAGGUACCGCGUCGACUCCGGCCUCUCACACCUUCACCCUUGACCCGGGGGCUUCCCGCUCCUUCUUUCGAGACUGCACCACACUCACGCCGCUUGGUCGGCCAGUUGCAGUCUCUCUGGCAGACCCCUCUCGGGGCCCUGUCCUUGCUCACUUCUCCACUGUCCUCCCGUAUCCGGCGGCCCCCUCUGGCACCCUGUUUGGUCUUUACCUCCCCUCGUUCUCUACAAACUUGGUGAGUGGUGCUGACCUGCAGGAUGCGGGGGUUCACCAGUUCACUCCUGCGAGUCAGCGGGUGACCCACUGCACAGACGCUCGGACAGGCAGACACCUGGCCACGUUUACUCGUCGGCCGGGGUCGAGCCUGUACACACUGACCACUGCGUCUCCUCCAGUUGCUGAGCCUGGUAGGGUAGCUGCGUCGGGUCAGGUGUUUGCUGCAGCGUCCAGGUCUGGUCCUGAGUCUGCCCCCUGUUCUUGUCGUCUCCUGUCUCACGAGACUCUCCUCUGGCACCACCACAUUGGUCACCCCUCUCUGCUUCGGCUCAGAGGCAUGGCCUCUCGUCUUCUUGGGCGCCAGCGUGCUGCCCCUCACUCCUCCCAGUUUCCUCCGACAGAGGCCCCGUUGCAGACGCUUCAAAUGGACGUGUGGGGCCCAGCCCGCGUCCGUGGACAGGGUCACGAGCGCUACUUCCUGCUAGUUGUAGACGACUACUCGCGUUACACCGCAGUCUUCCCCUUGCGCAGCAAGGGUGAUGUCACUGAGGUGCUGAUCGACUGGAUCCGCGCAGCUCGUCUCCAGCUCAGGCAGAGCUUUGGCUCGGACUUUCCUUUUCUGCGUCUGCACUCGGACAGAGGCGGAGAGUUUUCCUCUGGCCUUCUGAGAGCCUACUGUCGCGCACGGGGCAUCCGUAAGACCUUCACGCUUCCGGACUCUCCACAGCAAAAUGGGAUUGCUGAGCGCCGCAUUGGCAUGGUCAUGGACGUCGCUCGUACGUCUAUGAUGCAUGCGGCUGCCCCCCAUUUUCUGUGGCCGUUUGCAGUCAGGUACGCGGCGCAUCAGAUCAACCUUCACCCCAGGGUCUCCAGGCCGGAGACCUCCCCAGCCUUGCUGUGGACGGGGAAGGUUGGCGAUGCGUCGGCGUUCCGGGUCUGGGGAUCUCGGGUGUUAGUCCGCGACUUGUCUGCGGACAAGUUGUCCCCUCGUGCUGCUCCUUGCGUCUUCCUGGGGUUCCCCCCUGACGCGCCUGGGUGGCAGUUCUACCACCCCACCUCUCGCCGUGUUCUGUCCUCCCAAGACGUCACGUUUGACGAGUCGGUCCCCUACUACCGCCUCUUCCCCUACCGCACUCCGUCCCUCCCCCCGCCCCCGCUCUUCCUUGUACCAGGUCCCCCCCAGGUAGACCCCCUCCCCCCUCAGGGUCCUUCCCCUUCAGGUGUGUCCCAGGUAGACGCAGUCGAGCCUGUCAAGGUCACUGGUGACUCUGGUGCUGCUGAGGGUGCUGAGCCUGGGGGUGCUGAGCCUGGGGGUGCUGAGCCUGGGGGUGCUACACCUGGGGGUGCUUUGCCUGGGGGUACCGGGCCUGGGGGUGCUGAGCCUGGAGGGGAGCAGCCGGCCUUCAGCAGUGGGUGA